AUGACCGCCAUUCUUUCUCCCACAGAUAUCCUUAGAAAGGAUAGGAUGUCCUUCGACGAUUUGAGUUAUUCGUCGUCGACAGACUGGCGAGCGAAAUAUGAAGAGGUUGCUGAAAUGCUAGCAGAGACCCGAGCCGAGCUCGACGAGUUUCACACAGCCAGCAAAGAGUUGGAGGCAGAACUAGAAAAUGAGUUGCAACGGACUGAGAAAGCGCAGCAAGAUUUAAAGGUCAAGGUUGCAAAAGCGGAAACCGAGAAAGAGGAGUGGAAGUCCAAGUUCAUGUCCCUUCAGACCACACACAACAGCACGACCACAUCCCUUCAACGCGAACUUGAUCAAUUAAGACAAGAACACCAGAAACUUAAAGUGCAAUUCCGAGAACUUGAAAUGGGGAAUGACGAUUUGGAAAGGACAGAACGUGCCGUAUCCUCCAGUCUGGCAGACGUAGAAGCGAAGUACUCGCGUGCGUUGGAAGAGAAGAUUCUUUUGGAACAUGAAUUGCUAGAUAAAGCAAGCGUAGAGGAACAGUGCCAGCGAUUUAAAGACGAGUUACGAGAUGCGAAUGCGGAGAUAUCCAUACUCAAAGAUCAGCUCGUUUCGCGUGCCUCCAACUCUUCAGAAACAUCUCUUAACUCACAGUCGCUUCCUCACAUAUCCUCCAUGCCCUCUGACGAUGACCUUCUCAACACCCCAGAACCCUCUGACUUACAUCAAUCAGAGCCUGAUAACCUGGAAAGAGGCGAAUCUUCUUCAAUUGAGGAACAGGAUCUCACCCCACGCAAACACACGACCGUGACCACGCCCCGCAGUAACGGGCAGUCGGCCCUUCUCCAACGCGCAGGUUUCCAACCAGGGAGGUCCAUCGCUACACCUCCAAAUGGCUCCGGUAUUCCUCGGUCGAGUACUCUACCUUCUUUAUAUUCUUCGUCACCUCGUUCACCCGUGACUCCUACCCACCGGCCUGUUUUCGCUCGCAAUGCAUCAACUGUAAGCAAUAGCUCAACUACGAGCACUGCCACUUCGAGAAGUAAAGGUGUGCAGAUGGUGUCGGAAAUGCGUGCUCGAGUGAGGAACUUGGAACAGAAGAUUCAUACCCGUGUUCCAAGGCUUCGACUGGGAAGCAUGACAAACCGCUCUGUAUCUAGUAUACCGCCGUCUGCCCUUUCUCCCACACAAAGUCCCUCCAAUAAAUCUAUACUCGCCGGAUCAAGUAUCGAAAAGCAAUCCUCUAGAUGGAGUAGUGACUCAAAGCGAAGUACAGAUGGUGAGGCGAGUAAAAAGGAUACGGGAGAUUCGUCGGGUUGGGUUCUCAUCAUGGAGGACUCGCCUUCUCCGCCUAGAGAUAGACGAUCGUCACGCUCAGGCGCUUCUCGAACAUCGACAUCGACUGCUUCCAGUUCCUCCUCCCCUACUCCCGAAUCCUCCAAGUCUUCACUGUAUCGAAGUACUGUCGGUACAGGCUUACGGCGACCUCAAUCACGGCUCUCCGGCGGAAGUACGACCACCACUAGUUCCAUUCCAACACCCGCUUCACGUCCGGCAACACCAACAUUACUGCCCUUGCCCUCAAGCAGUUUGCAUGUCGCAAAGCGUUCCACCGGACCAGGUCUGACUUCCUAUCUCUCACAGCCAAAACGUUCAUCGUUGGGAUCUAGCACUAGUACCAUGGCGAUGAACAAGAAUAACCGCGACCGGCCCACUACUAUGCCGCCGUUUGGUCGGUCCCCAUCGCCAGACAAAGCUUUACCGAAAUUACCUCCUGGCCAUGAGAAUGUGACCAUUCGAAACUCGUCGAAGCUUGCCCCCUCAUCUUCAUCUUCUCUUCUGGCCCAAAGUAGGAUUGGUCGUCCAAGUAGUGGUGCUUCUCGUAAGCGGAGUUGUGGAGAUGGCGAGGGUAAUACUUCUAGACCAAGGUCAGGCAGUUCAGCUGGGCCAUGA